AUGAGCUACUACUAUGGCAACUACUAUGGAGGUCUUGGCUAUGGCCUUGGUGGCUUCAGUGGCCUGGGCUAUGGCUAUGGGUCCAGCUAUGGUCUUGGGGGCUAUGGUGGUUAUGGCUAUGGCUAUGGCUACUCUCAUCCCUCUUUCUAUGGAGGAUACUGGUCCACUGGGUUUUACUGA